AUGGACGAAAUAGAGAUUGAAUGCUUGACUACGCGUCCAUUCUCAAAUUCAUCUUACAUCUCUUACACCCUUGGAGAGAAGAUCAACGACGCAGCGAAUCUCUUCACGUUGAGCAACGAGCUGGAUAGGCUGGCUGUGGCCACAAACAGCGGCGUCCACGUUUAUUCCUUAUCCGGCCUGCGCUCUCAACUGUCGCAAUCUCAGUCUCAUCAGCUUCUCUCACCACAAGCACCGAUACACACGAUCAACACGCAAUCUCAGCACAUCAAGUACCACUCCAAUCAACUCAUAGUCGCCAGCGAUAAGUCGUUGCACUUGUACGUCGAUGCCACACUCACCAACUCCAUCGACUUGCCUUCUCAUCCAACCUCAAUACUCCCAAAUCCAGUAGGACAAUAUAUUACCAUUCUCACAGCUGACGGCUGCAUUUACUUGCACGAUGAAAUGUCAAAAAACACGCAAUGCCUCAACAAAACCACUUUUGCUGCAAGCUGGUCAGCCAAAGGGAAGCAACUAGCUUUAGCGUUAAAUACAAACGAAAUCAUCACAGUAACUACCUCCAAUCAAGUCAAAAUGUCGAUACCUCCUCCCCCUUCUUCAUUCGAGCUCACCCCCAAUCACGUACCAAACUCACUCAAAUGGCUCGAGAACAAUCUCUUCCUUAUCACAUUUUCACUCAGUAAAGAGGCUUCCAGUGAGGGCCGAGAUAGCGAUCAGGAUGCUUACACGCUCGAAGACAAGACAUGUUUCAUCCACAAUGGCAACUACAUCGAAGCUAUUGAUCCAGCACCGCCUUUCGGCGUUAUGUCGCGUCUCCCAUACCGCUAUUUCAGCUGGUUGAGGGAUUGGUCGCCAUUCAGGAACAUACUAUUUGCUGCAUCAGGUCCUUCUUCGGAUAUAGGCUGUAUAGUCACACCAGACACGUCCUCCCCACACGCCAAAGAAGUGUUUGGAGACGAUGAGAUAGCUGCUGCCGCUGCCGCUCUUCCAGAAACUGCUAGACCAGCACUGCCAAUGUCGGAGGAGCAAGAAGAGACAUAUCCAGUCGGGCUGGAGCUUGACUUGGGUGCGAAAGAUCCAUUAAAACCAGAGCCUGGCUCUGCUGCAGACACACCUGAUGGCCCUCCUGCUCCUGCUCUAUGGACGCUCAACUCUGAAGGUAAACUGUUUGCGUGGUGGUUAAUAAACUCGUAUGGACCAUAUCAGUAUCUGAAAGGAUGGCCCAAUGAUCCGCAAGAAGAAUCGAUUGAAGCUGCACCUAUGCAGAGUGAGCCGCAGCAAAAACCAUCUGCCUUUUCAAAUCCAGCUCCGGCUCCGGCUCCGGCUCCUGCGAAUGCCUUCUCGUCGAGUCCUUCGACUGCACCAACAACAGGCAGUGCAUUUGGACAAAACAGCACGUUUGGACAAAGCACACCUAGUGCUUUCGGUCAGCCAAGUGGCUUCAGUCAAAGCGGAGGUGGAUUUGGUGCAUUUUCAAACAAACCUACUGCCUUUGGAUCUGCAAAUAAGGAUGACAAACCAGCCGAAUCAAGUGUUGCUAGUGGCGGAUUUGGGGCUUUCUCUGCCAAACCUGGUGCAUUCGGUGGAUCUGCUAGUACGUUUGGCCAGCCCAGUGCAUUCGGUCAGACUUCGGCAUUUGGCCAGACCUCAGCAUUCGGUGCACCAAAGCCAGAUAAAGAAAGCCCCCAAACCAGCACACCAACUAGCGGUGGAGCAUUUGGUGCGUUCGCAUCUCAGCCGUCAACAUCUACUGCUUUUGGACAACCCUCGGCAUUCGGUCAGACAUCAGCAUUCGGUACACCCAGGAAGGAGAAGGAGGGCUCAUCUACUUCUGCUUUAGCAUCUGCAACUGCACCAUCUAGUGGUGGCGGCUUUGGCGCUUUCGCAUCCAAGCCGCCAUCUUCAUCUGCGUUUGGACAGUCAUCGGCAUUCGGUACGCCUAAAAAAGAGGACCAAGGUGGCAGUGAGAGCUCACCGGCUACAACGCCCAGUGGCGGGGGAGGCUUUGGUGCAUUUGCAGCUAAACCGAGUUUGUUCGGUGAGAAGAAAGAGGGAGGCAGUGCAUUUGGUGCGUUCUCAGACAAUGUCAAGAGUAAGACUGAAUCGAGUGCAUUCGGAAAGCCAAGUGCAUUUGGUCAGAGUGCUUUCGGCAGCACUACACCUAAGGCUGACGUGAAGAGAGAGAGAGGAGAAAGCGGAAGUGAAAGUAAAACUCCAUUGCAGCCGACGAGCAAUGCAUUCUCAAUCAGUGGAAGCUCACCAACCAAGCCAUCUAACGAUACAGGUGCAGGUGCAGGUGCAGGGUUCGGUUUCGGAGGUGCUUCUAAUACGUUCGGUUUGCGCAAUACGUCUGCUGAGAUGUCUCAGAAAGAUAAGAAGAAAGAUGGUCAGGUUGAUGAUCUUCUCGCUGAUUUUGGUAGCGGUACCCAACUCGAUGUUGGCUGCUUGAAGGAGGGUAAUGCCAAGACACACGAAGAAGCUGAAUCGGAAGAGGGUGAUAACGUUGAUGACACGUUCGCUUAUGUCAAGGAGAAAGACAGAGGCGAGGAAGAGCGCGAAAAGCUACAGAUUGCCAAAGCUGAGCAGGAAGCUGCUGCUAAUGCUGAAAAAGAAAAAGCUCAAAAGCAACAACAAGAAAGGGAAAAAAAGGAAGAGAAGGAGAAAGAGGAGAAAGUUAAAAAAGGAGAGGAAGAAGAAAAUUGCAAGAAGGCUGUUGAAGCGGAAAACGAGAGAAAGAAAGAAGAGGAGACUGCUACCGCCGCGGCCGCCGCUGCUCAAAAGAAAGAGGGAGAGGAAACCAGUAAAAAGGCUGAGGAAGAAGACAAGCGUAAGGCAGACGCUGAGGAUGAAGCUAAAGCAAAGCAAAAUCAGCAAGAUGAGAGUAGCAAGAACGAAAAAGAAGACAAGCAAGAAAUGCCAAGCAUCUUCGCUACAGCACGUACACAGUCCAACGAUCAGCAAAUAUGUUCAAGUUGCUCAUUAAAGUCGUCCAAAGAUGCUGAUAAGUGCACGGUAUGCGCAACUGCAUUCAAGAACCCUGAUUCUGAGGCACCAAAACCUGCGCUGUCAAGCGCGCCAACGCAAGAGAAGACUAGCGAGCCAAGCCCCCUUGCUCAAAUGUUCGCAAAGUCUCAAGAAAGCAAGCAACAGUGUGGCGUAUGUAUGCUCGAUCAACCAGCUGAUGCGACCAAGUGUGGUGUAUGCGACAACACUUUAAAGGAAUCGGGCGAAAAUAGCAAAGCGUCAUCAAUGCCAGCAGCUCCACCUGCAGCCCCAGGGGGUGCCGGGUUCUCAUUCGGAGGAGGCUCAUUUGGUUCGUCAGGCUCUUCUUCACAUGCGCCAAAAACGGAUGAGAAGAGGGAUGAUACGGUCAAAGCACCAUCAGCAUUUAGCUUCGGUGGUGCAAGUGCUUUUGGGACCGCUUCUCAGCCCCCUAAAGCAGCUCCAACGACUGGUGGUUUUAGCUUUGGAGGUGUCAAGCCAGAAGAAUCAACUGCAACUGACGAGAAGAAAGAUGAUCCACUGAAGGCACCGUCCCAGUUUAGCUUUGGAGGUGCUAAUGCCUUUACUUCGCCUGCUAAAAACGAGAAGAAGGAUAAUUUGGGGAAAGCACCAUCUGCUUUCAGCUUUGGUGGUGCCAGUACUAGUGCUCAUGCCAAUGCAUUCGGAUCUCCCGUUAAAGAUGAUAAAAAGAAUGAAGCACCAAAAAAUGCUUUCUCAGCAUUUGCCAAGCCAUCUGAAGAUAGCAAACCAGCGAGUGCUUUCUCAUUCGCAGGAACUAAUAAUGAAUCACCAAACCCUACAGGUGCAUUUGGGUUUGGUGGAGAUGCUUCAAAAACCCCUGAAAGCAGUAAACCAUCCGCCUUUAGUUCGUCGAGUAGCUUCUCAAUUGGUGGAAACAUUGCAAAAUCCCAGGAUAAGAAACAAAUAAGCGAUGCUAAAGAAGAAGAUGACAGAACGAAGAGUUUCUUUGGCUUUGCAUCUGAGUCUCCAAGUAGGAGAGUGUCACAAGAACAUCCGCCGGUAGUUCAAUUUGAUCAGGAUAACGCUGAAGAUGAGGAAGGAGAAGAUGAUGGCGAUGAGGAGGAGGAAGAAGAAGAAGAAAGCGGUGAUAGUGAAGGGUAUGAGCAUGUCAGCAACACUGUUGACGAAGAAGAGGGUGUUGAUGAGGCGGAAGAGGAAGAGGGUGUUGAAGUCGAAGAGCAGAAAGAGGGUCAUGAAGAGCAGAAAGAAGGUGUUGAAGAGCAGAGGGAAGUGGAAGACGACGAAUCUACCACACCUCCAGGCUCACCUGAAAAAACGUCGGCAGCAUCUGCACUCAGCUUUAAGAGCGGUGCAUUCGGCAAGGCUGGUCAACAGUCACCUUUCGGUUUACCAUUUAAACCGCGUGAGAGCUCACCGCUGGCUUCGUCUCCACCAGUCUACGGUAAGGCAUCAAUAACCUCUCCGCAAAAAGACAAGACUAAGUUUGGUUUCGGUCAGCAAGCGCCAGCAACAGAAGUUGUUAAACCAAAUUUAUUUAGCGCACCUCAAAGUCCUACUUUCGCUGGUUUCAAUCCAAGUACGGAAACUCCAGCUCAAUCAUCAAGUGGUAGUUUCAGCUUCAAUAAUGGGGCCUUCUCGGAUGCAUUCUCUAAACAGGCGCCAAUUGCUUCUCCUGUGCCAGUCUCGGCGCCUUUCAAGAAGGUGCAUAAUGACAAUGAAUCAUACUCAAUACAAACACCACAUCAACCUCCUAAGUUGAAGCUAAUGGAUGAGGAGUUGUCUGCAAGUCAAUUAGAGGGUACCUCUGGCAUGGCUAUGGAGUUCUUGAAGAUGUACCUAAUGGUUGAGAAGGAGAUCGAGAGUAUGAAUGUUAAUAUCAAGAGCUGUCUAGAUUUCCACGAUAAAAUCACAAAGAAGCGUCAAUCAGUUGAUGAAUAUGAUGUAAUGGCUCUCUAUGACAAAUCUCAAUGGUCAUUGGGUGACAUUGAGUUGAUUAAGAAGCUCAGUGUGGAUUUGGAGGCUGAUACGAUAGAAUUGAAGGAUUCGUCAUUGUCACAGAAGCGCAAAGUUGUUGAGUUACAGAGUCUUUUGUUAAAGGCUGAAACUAAGAAAGAAGAGAUUUCACGAUUCAUAAGGGCAAGGAAUGAUCCAGAAUUUGCUCGUAUAGUGAAAGUGAGGCAGUUAGGACCAGAGCACAGUGAGAAUCAGCAAAAGCUUCGGAAAUCUAUGCAAGCGCUGAAUGAUGGUAUAAUGAGUGUAGAGGAUCAACUCAGCUCACUCAAGGCCAAGAUGAUGCAAUCGAAGACAGGUGGAAAGACAUUCAAAGUUCCUUCAAUUGACAGUAUAAACCGGACAACACGUACAAUGGCGAUAGCUAUAGCUGAGAAGAGGAUUAAUUUGGAUGAUUUGAUUAAGCGUGCUGAAAAGCUUUCAAUCAACAACGGCGGUAUGGGCGGUAACGGUAGCAAGCCAAGUGCAUUAUCAUUUGAGAAAAGCGUUAGUGCAAAGAGCAUUCCACCACCAGACAAAGAUGUUGUUGAAAGAACACUCUCACAAGAUGCACGCAGAUCAAAGCUAGCUGCAGCCCUGAAAACACGCAAACCAUCUAAAGCGAGUGUGAUAAAAGAUGGAAGUGAAAGGUAUCAAUUUGCGCGAGACGAACCACUUUCGCUGGUUGACAUACCGAGUGCUGAAGCUAUACGGAAGCGGAGAGAUGAAAAGGCUGUAGCUAAAUCGACGCCUUCGGGUACGCCAAGCAAGACAGCAACAAGGGAUGAGCAACCAAUUGAUGAAUUCUCACCCGGUUCGAGAGACUCAGAAGGGCAUAUUCGUCACCCACGCCAUAAAAACGAUGGAAGCAGUGGUCGACAACGCGCAGUACAGCUUCCGAAGCAUAGUUCACCCGUAGCAGCAUCCGAUUUCUUUGCGUUCAAGUGA